AUGGGUGAUCAUUCGAAUAUUUUACGAAAUCAAAUGAUACCCUCUUUUGCCACCUAUACAUCAGGCGAAUGCGCAGUGGAUCUAAGACGCAGCCGUCAGCAGCCCAAACAACCGAUCCACUGCUGCGCUUGCGUUAAUAUCUCACAAUCGCUCCUCCACACUUUGCCAUCUCAAGCUCUUCCGUCGAGGCAGUCGACUUCGGUAUCUGCGGUGCCGCGUCAGCAUCCCCAACUUCACGUUCGACAGACGUCGGUGGGAGCGCCGACGGGGACCGAGGUGAUUCUUCGCCAGCACCCUCAUCAACUUUCUGCCCAUCCCCACGCCCAUCCUCAACAUUUAAGUCGAAGAGAUAGAGCGCUGCUGACCUCCUCCACGCUUGUGGCUCCUAACACCUCCGCCACUCCUGUUAUAACUCACAUGCAGCCUACACAAAACCCUCAUUCUCUUGCCGCUUAUCAUCAUCAUCAUCAUCAUCACCAACGCCAGCAACAGCUUUACAGACAGUCGCUUCCACCGGUGCUCGGCAGCAGCCAGCAGCGUUUGCAACUGACUCCAACUGCCUACGCGGCGAUGCUUAAGGAGGUGCACAUCCGAUAG